AUGGAAAAGCAUACAAAUCUGUAAAGAGACGCAAGUCAAUCUAAUCACAUUAUAAAAUCUCCCUCCACCACCUAUAAAAGACCCAAAUAGCUUAUUUAUAGAAAAAGGAAAAUAAUAAAAACGUGAAGAUAUUAGUGGAAAUUUUGAAAAGGAAAAACGCUAAAAUGAAACGGUUGGGAAAACGACGUCGUGCAACAAACCUCACAAUUCCCCAACGGUUGAGUCACCUGGCAGAUUCGUUAAAGCUAUUUAAGAAAGAAAUCUCUCUUGAAUUACUCUCCUACUUUCGUCACCUGCAGUUUAAGGAAGCUGAAUGAUUCGCUUGGUGGAUUCUCCGAUGGAUUCAAUCGUGAUCUCUAGGGUUUCGACAAGGUCUACGCAUCGAUCUCUUUAAUUCAGGCUUCUGAUUAAUUGCCGUGAUCGAUUUUUUUUAAGCUUUCGGACUGGUUCUCUUAUCAUCUGAAUUUCGGUUCUUGAUCCCUUGAAAUUCUCAAUUUCUCGAUUCUGCGAUUUCUUUUGCAGUCUUGUUCAUCGCCUGCAUAGACUUAGGAUCGUUGUAACGAGAAGGACUGCAGAAUUCGGCAUCGGUUUUCGCUUUGUGGAUUCGAACUUUGUAUAGAGUUCUCGGAUUGUGGACGAUUUUGCUCAUUCUAAAGAUAAUUCUGUCGGCAAGGGCGGAAGAAUUUCUAGUCAGAAUUGAUUGUUUGUCGUCCUUUCUGCGGAAAAUGUCUGGCGGCACCCCCAAGGGUGGAUACAUGAGGCAGAGGCAUAGCCAAGGUUAUGCAUCUGGAGGGGACGAUCUCGAGGACGAUGCUGGCUCGAGGCUGCAGCCUCUUUUGCCGGUGAGCCCUCGAAGUAAAACGUGGGUCGAGUUUCUAGAGAAUGGGCUUUGGAUUGCUUCUGCGGUGUUCAUCGUUUAUUUUGGUGACCGGCACUCCAACAUGCUACACAUACUCCUGCAUGAUGUUCGGAUCCGAAGGACGCCUCUGUAUCUCGGGAUGUUAGGGAUAGGAGUGAACAUCAUAAUAUUGAUCUACGAAAAGAUGUUAUCUUGGAGCAUCAGAAGGUUCGAAGGGAAAUGGGAACUGUGGAAUAUCUCUUCUUUGCCAUUCAUUACCCUCCUUGGCCUCGUCUCUUUUUGCCUGCUCUCAUUUGCUCUGUGGCCUAUUUGGGGCUUCUUGUCAAUUCCUCUUCUGUUCACGUUGUUCAUGGCUUGCCUUGUUGUGUUCCCAUAUCUUAUGAUCAUAAAAUCUUGCGAUUUUCGCUUAGAUUGAUUUGAUCCCUGGGACUCGACGAUAGUUUUUUUGAGUUUGAAUUCUGUCUUUUCGACUCGCGGGUAUCAAUUGAAUUUGGAUUUUUUUUCUUUCUUUUGGAUUUUUUUUUAAUAAUCCGGGAGAUCACCGGUCUUUCAGCUUAA